UAAUAAAGAUUAAAAAGAAAAAUUAAAAAGGAGAUUACAAAAUCUUAUCCAUGAGUGAAAAACUGAAACUUUUGGUAGUUACCCAAGCUUGAUAGCAAUGGCUGCGUUUUCUCUCCUCUCCCUAUUCCAUCCAAACCCCUCAAUCCCCAAAAUGACCACAAAACCCCUUGCUGUCCUCAACAAAGCCUACAAAAUGCAGGUCCCUUAUGAGUUGAAGCAGGGGCAGACACGUAUUUUCCACCAACUUCCAUCUGGUCUGAACAUGGAAGUGAUUGAGCAAAAGGGUCGUGUUCUGGCAGACAAAGAAAACAAUAGAAGACCAGGAAACAGUGAAAAAAACCCACCUUUGGUUUUUGUUCAUGGAAGUUACCAUGCUGCUUGGUGCUGGGCAGAGCACUGGUUGCCUUUCUUUUCAGGGUUUGGUUUUGAUAGCUAUGCUGUUAGCUUGUUGGGUCAGGGUGAAAGUGAUGCACCAGCUAGUCCUGUUGCUGGUUCUCUUCAGACACAUGCAGGUGAUGUAGCUGACUUCAUCCAGAAAAAACUAACGUUUCCACCAGUCUUGCUUGGGCAUUCAUUUGGAGGGUUAAUCAUUCAGUGCUACAUUGCAAAUAUAAGGAAUAAACAAACUUUAGAAAAGAAAAUGCUGUACCCAGAUCUUGCUGGCGCUGUUCUUGUGUGCUCUGUACCGCCUUCAGGUAAUAGCGGAUUAGUGUGGCGUUAUCUGUUUUCCAAACCUGUUGCUGCUUUUAAGGUGACACGCAGCUUGGCAGCUAAGGCUUUUCAAACUGAUCUUUCACUCUGCAAGGAAACAUUUUUCACAUCAACCAUGGAGGAUCAUCUGGUGAAACGUUACCAAGCACUAAUGAAAGAAAGCUCAAGAAUGCCACUGUUUGAUCUAAGGAAGCUUAAUUCAUCACUUCCAGUUCCUUCGGUGCUAAAAUCAUCUAUUGAAGUGCUUGUGCUGGGAGCAAAUGAUGAUUUCAUAGUGGACACUGAAGGACUCAACGAAACAGGCAGGUUUUAUGGCGUAUCACCAAUCUGUGUUGAAGGGGUUGCCCAUGACAUGAUGCUAGAUUGUUCAUGGGAGAAAGGUGCUAGAGCUAUUCUAUCAUGGUUAAAUUGUUUAAGCAGAUAGGAGUUAGGACCAUUGUUUGAUUUUGCUCGACACUUGCUUAUCUUGCAAUAGAAAAUUGUGUGGUUCUUAAAGCCAUAAUGAAUUUCAAAUAACAAAGAAAAAGAAAACUCAAUUGUGGGUCUUAUAUCA